GUUUUCAAAAAAGGUGCAAAAAAAUGUGGGCAAUAGCAAAUUUUAUCCCGAAAAUUUGCUACAAUUUCUUCCAGAAAAUAACAGUGAAAAUAUGUAUGGCAACGAAUCUGGUAAUUUCGCUAAUCAGCGAACAAUGAAAACGCUAAUCAGUGAUGAGAAAAAAAAACCGAUGCCAUUACCAAGAUCGAAAAGCUUGACCGAAGCCGCGAUAUUGUCUGAAGAAUUUUCAAAAAAUAACAUCGAAACAUUGAGGAAAAAUUUAGUUGAUCUUAUGGACUUGCACAUCAAUAAAAUAGAAACGAAUGGUUUCAUGCAAAAAUUAAAUUAUAAUAUAGAUGAAGUUGAAAAUGGGAGCUCCAAAUUUGACUCAGAUUCAGACGAGUUUAGUAUUUAUGAAGAGGUGUCCAUAAGCGAAGAUGAUUUUUGUGAUGAAUCCAAGGAGAAACCUCCUAAACUACCACCAAGGGUUGCAAAAUCAAAAUGUUCAAUUGAAGAUUAUGGAACCCUAUCAGCUUCAACUUCUAAUGAUUAUUCUCCAGGAUUUUAUAGUACACGAAGUGAAUAUGAAUCGCCUUAUUAUAUUACAGGACCAACAAAAAUACUUGAUAAAGCAGAAAUAAGUCUGCGAGUAACUAAUAUUAUAGAUCAUCUUAAGUCUACAGAGAAAAAACAUUUACAAGAACUAAAAGAUGUUAUACCUGUAUUUAAAUAUGCAAUCAAACAUCAUACAGCUUUAAUAAUUAAAAAUAAUGCCGAAAAAAUAUGCUCUACAACCGAAACACUAUUAAAAACACAAAGCGAAUUUGAAGCAAAUUUGGACAAAGUUGAUUCAUUAGAAAUGACUUUAAAAGGUUUCAUUAAUUAUGAAAUCCUUUUUGAAUCCUACAAACAAUUUUUCAUGGAAGAUUGCAGUGAAAUAGUCCUAACAAUCGAAGACGCAAAGAAUCAAUUCAAAACCGAAAUCCUUUUGGGUGCAAUUCUAAAUCAGAGACUUGUCCAUUACAAAAUGUUUUUAGAAGAAAUUCGACAGGAACUUGUGGAGGAUCCGGAAUUGUUGCGAGCAGUUUCACAACCUUUGGAUGUUGUAAAGGAAAUUUUGCUUUCGUGCAAUAAAAAGUUGGUUUUGGAGAAAAUUACUAAUAAUCCUUGGAGGACGGACAAAUAUGGGAGUUUAUUUGAUUCGAGAGAAGUUUCUUCAGCAUUCUUAGUUCACAGUUGCCCUGUCGAUGUCCGAGGAUAUGGAGAUUACUUGUUAAAAGACCAUUUCAAGAUAACUAAGCCAUUUAAGAUGAUGUUGACUGUGUUUUUGUUCAAAAACAUUAUUUUUUUGACCAAAGAAAACCAAAAAGAUACGUUUUAUUACCAGGGUCAUUUGAAAACCAACGAAAUAAUACCGUUGCCUGAAGGAAAAAAGAAGAAAGUUUUGAAGUUUCAUCAUGUGGCGCGUUCAAAACAGCACGGCCAUUAUGUGGUGUACAAAUUUGAGGCUUUGUACAAGGAAACUCCGGAAAUUUGGCGGAAAAAGAUAGAAGCAAUACUGUGGGAGUUGAAUGUGAAAUUUAGACAAGAGGCUCAGCUAAAGCUGCGCGAUUCCACAAAAAUUUUUGAAGAAUAAUACUUAAAUAAUUAUGAUUUGAAUUUGUACAUAAAUUUAUAAUAAAUUGUGUAUUGAGUUAAUUUGU